AUGGGCAAUGCAUGUUUCGCAUGGUCAGUGGUGACUACUCUGCAUCCAGCCGAGAGACACGCAGAACGGAAAUCGUCGUAUCCUCAUUACACAUCGGUGCUAAAUCUUACAGACAUUAAGUUUCCAAUGACGCUGGAUCAAAUUAAAAAUUUUGAAAAUCACAACAUCUCUAUCAACGUCUACAGCAUCAAGAAAAAAAACAAGGAACUUGCUAUCCUGCCAAUACGCCUCACCGAUCAAAAGAUGGACAGACAUGUAAAUCUGCUGUACAUGCAUGACGACAACGUGGGACAUUUUGCAUGGAUUAAGAACCUAACCUAUUCCGCCUUGUGUUUGCACUACUUCCUUUGCACCAGCUCCAGCGAAAAAUUGGAAGCCCACACCGUCGACUGUCGGGAGAUGAACGACUGCGCGAUCAAGUUACCGAGCGAUAACGACAAGUGGUUGGCUUUUAAGAAUCCCAACAGGAAGGAACGAGUUCCGUUUAUCGUAUACGCCGACCUGGAAUGUACUCUGGAAAAGAUGGAAGCGGAUCCGGAAACGUCCAGGUACACACAUCAACAUCAUCGCGUAUUUAGCAUGGGAUACUACGUGCAUUGCUCGUACGACGAGUCGUUAUCAAUGUAUCGGUUUCGUCGCGAUAAGGAUUGCGUCGCGUGGUUCGCCAAGGAGCUAAGACGUUUAACUCACGACUACAUGUUACCGUUGUAUUGCAACAAGUGUAAAGUCACGUACAGCGAUACGGACAGUCUCAUUUAUCACAUCGAGUGCGACGAUGUGUAUGAUACCAUGAAGCGCUACAUUAAUAGAUUUGACACUAGCGAUUAUGCGAUCGAUCAUGCGUACGGUAUCAAACUCGCCAAUAAAAAAGUUCCGGGCUUGAUGAAGGACGAAAACAACGGUGCGAUAAUGACUGAAUUCGUCGGGCUUAGAGCAAAGAUGUACGCCUUGCGAGUAGACGGUAAGAAAGAUACGAAAAAGGCUAAAAGUGUUAAGUGUAACGUCGUAGCCAGGGGCGAGUUCGGAAACGAUCCGACGAGCAUGCCCGAUGGAGAAGAUACCGACUAA